GUGAUUUUAACUCGCUGAUUCUUCUCCACCAACCAUAAAGACAUUGGCACUCUAUACCUAAUUUUCGGAGCCUGAGCAGGAAUAGUCGGCACAGCACUCAGUUUAUUAAUCCGCGCAGAACUAAGCCAACCAGGAACUCUUCUAGGAGAUGACCAAAUCUAUAAUGUCAUCGUUACAGCUCAUGCCUUUAUUAUAAUCUUCUUCAUAGUUAUACCAAUUAUAAUUGGUGGCUUCGGAAAUUGACUUGUUCCCCUAAUAAUUGGUGCACCAGACAUAGCAUUUCCACGUAUAAAUAACAUAAGCUUUUGACUCCUACCCCCUUCACUACUACUACUUCUAGCAUCAUCAGGAAUUGAAGCAGGCGCAGGUACAGGUUGAACAGUAUAUCCCCCAUUAGCCGGAAACCUGGCUCACGCCGGUGCUUCCGUAGACCUAACUAUCUUCUCCCUCCACCUAGCCGGUGUAUCUUCAAUCUUAGGUGCCAUCAACUUCAUUACCACAGCAAUCAACAUAAAAUCCCCCGCCAUAUCACAAUACCAAACACCCUUAUUUGUAUGAUCCGUACUAAUCACAGCUGUCCUAUUACUACUUUCACUUCCAGUACUCGCCGCAGGCAUUACCAUACUACUUACAGACCGAAAUCUAAAUACAACCUUCUUCGACCCUUCAGGAGGAGGAGACCCAAUCCUAUACCAACACCUAUUCUGAUUUUUUGGCCACCCUGAAGUAUACAUCUUAAUCCUUCCAGGAUUUGGUAUAAUCUCUCACAUCGUUACCUACUAUGCCGGUAAAAAAGAACCAUUCGGCUACAUAGGAAUAGUUUGAGCAAUGAUAUCCAUUGGCUUCCUAGGCUUUAUUGUAUGAGCCCAUCACAUAUUUACUGUAGGAAUAGACGUAGACACACGAGCUUACUUUACAUCCGCAACAAUAAUCAUUGCAAUUCCAACAGGAGUAAAAGUAUUUAGCUGAUUAGCCACCCUACACGGAGGAAUAAUCAAAUGAGAUGCCGCCAUACUCUGAGCUCUAGGCUUCAUUUUCCUCUUUACUAUUGGUGGACUUACAGGCAUCGUAUUAGCCAACUCAUCCUUAGACAUCGUACUACACGACACUUACUAUGUAGUAGCACAUUUCCACUAUGUUCUCUCAAUAGGAGCCGUAUUCGCCAUCAUAGCAGGAUUUACCCACUGAUUCCCUCUUUUCACAGGAUAUUCACUACACCAAACCUGAGCAAAAGUACAUUUCGGAGUAAUAUUUACAGGAGUUAAUAUAACCUUCUUCCCCCAACACUUCCUAGGCCUAGCCGGAAUACCACGACGUUACUCAGACUAUCCAGAUGCAUACACCCUGUGAAACUCUAUUUCAUCAAUUGGAUCUCUAAUCUCUAUAGUAGCAGUAGUUAUAAUAAUAUUUAUUAUUUGAGAAGCAUUUUCCUCAAAACGUAAAGUAGCACUAGUAGAACUCACAACCACCAACGUAGAAUGACUACAUGGCUGCCCACCACCAUACCACACCUACGAAGAACCAGCCCAUGUGCAAACCCAAGAAAGG